UUUACUUUUAGCUAUUGCUCAUGAGCUCCGUAAUUGGCGGAAAGGUAGACAUUGUAGUAUAUGUAGACAUUUCUUCCAUGUCAGCGUCUCAGAUAAAAUGCGAGGAGCAGAGUAAGCUAUAGCAGUAACGUUGGCGGAGCGUGCACAAGCACUUAGCCGUUUGAAGCUAGAAAGAACAAGCAAGCCGCUGAUUGUGACGGUCAUCGGUUAGUUGCUCAAAUCUACGAUCAGGCGAACACUGAUUGACUAAGUCCGAACCGUUUGAAUUAUUUGAUGUAAGGAUGGAAGGCUUCAAUAAGCCAGCGAGGAUUCUACUUUUUCUCCUCCUCCUGACAGAUUUUGACAUGUUACUUCCUGUGGCUCAGCAGCAGCCUUCCUCCUCAGUUGACCUGAACAACUUCCUGGAGACAGCCAUUUACGGAGUGAAUGCAAUUGUGGACAUUCGCCGGCACUGCAUCGUGAAGAAUGUCGUCACGCCAACAGACAGAGGGGUGCGACUCGGGGCUAUGUUCAACAUGCACGACACGUAUUCCUUGUCCACGGACACCUGCGACGGAUUCUCUGGUUGGGAUGCGGUGCAGCAGAGCGAGGCUUACUUUUUCAUGCUGGCACUACUAGAGUCCAGUCAACAGCAGCAGCAGCAGCAGCAACAGCAGCAGUCAUCUUCAGCCAGUGCUAUGGGCAGCCUGCCCAGCAUUACCUUGGGCUCGCUUGCCAGCGACACAUGCAACUCAAACUUGUUGGCCGUCAACGUGGCACAGGCAGUGGCGGUGGAGGGCUUGCUGUUCCGUAACCGUACUCUCCAGACCUUUCUGGCACUUGGUCAAGAGUCUGUAGCGACUGAGUGUGUGACUAGUGCUGCAGAAGUCCUGUUCGGUACUUUACCGCUGUUUUCCAUGAUCGGGCCACUGACAAGCUCGGAUACCAAUGCUGUGACGUCACUGCUCACAGCUUACGAAAUCAUGCAUGUUUCUCACUGGGCCAGUGGAACUCUUUUUGACCAGGUGGACAACUUUCCGUAUCUAUUCCGUAGUGUUCCAUCCAAUGAACACCAGGCCACGGCCAUUGCUGAUCUUGUGGAGGAGUUUGGUUGGCGCUAUGUCAGCCUCUUCGCCGGCAAUGAUGAUGUGUACAGUGGCAAUGGGUUUGAGCUCAUCCACUCGGAGUCCAGACGUCGUGGAACAUUCUGUCUGGCCAUGGCACAACGAUUUAGCGUGGAGACAACGUUUGGUGAAGAUCAGCUGCGUGACGAUAUCCGAUUACUGAAGCAGGAGCAGCGCGCUCGAGUGGUCAUCCUCUUCGCAUCCAAGCAGCAAGCGCGCCGCUUCUUGGAGCUGUGCCAAGAGUUGAAUGUUACUGGAAAAAUAUUCAUUGGCAGUGAUGACUGGGUGAAUCGCCUUUCAUUCCCUACCAACUCUUACAUGGCCAGCAUCCCUAUAUUGGGCCUAGCACCACGCACCGUCGCUUCAAGUGCAGUGCACACAGCCGUUGCGCAACUGAGGAGGUCAUUCCAGGAUCCCAACUACCUCUUAGCAGCCAGUAAUAGGAACCCAUGGCUCAAGAUCUAUAUUGAAGAUCAACUGGAAUGUGCUAUUGUUGUCCAGAGUCCACAAUCAGACAGUGUGACGCAAACUUGCCCUGUUCUCCAGGCUAAACAUGCACACCGCGCACCUUGUUCACCAGCGGACAUAGCCAGGCUUCACCUGCCCAGCUCUAUGGUUAUAGCUGAGUCGGUUUUCCUCGGUCUGAUAUCCUUGGCCUCAGUGGUUGAUACCCUUGCUGAACAGCUGGCGGUGAACAUGUCAUCCAACUCUGCCGAUGUGUCUUAUCCCAGCAUCGAUAUGAUACGGCAAACGAUGCAACAGUUGGAGCUGCCCUGCCAAGGCUUCACUGCACGGUGUAAAGUGUUCGGAGGCUCUCAGAGCCCAAUGCCAGCGUACUACGUGCAGAACGUCCAAACCGCACAAGGAGGUAGACCCGAUGUGCAGAGUGUGGGCACGUGGGAUGCAAGCAGUGGCGUUCAAUGGCAUGCCGAUCAGCAGGUCGACCUGAAGGAGCAUGGAGUAUUCAGCAUGUUUGCAAGGCAGUCCGGUGCGGGCAGUGAACCUCCUCUCCCAAAAUCGGUGUGCAGUGAUGCAUGUCAACCGGGCCAGCGACGCAUGUUUGACGAGGCUCUACGCAACGUGCAAUGUUGCUGGACCUGCGAAGACUGCAAUGCAGGGACAUUCAGCAACAUGUCAAAUGCCGCAGUGUGCAAACCAUGCGGUCUUGGGUUCCGUUCCAACAGCACACACUGCGUGGGCUUGGAAGUUAAGCCCUUAUCCUACAGCAGUGUCCAGUAUAUCGUUAUUGCCGUUUUUGCAGCCGUAGGAUUUGUUUGCACUGUGCUGACAUUGAUCUAUUUCAACUGGUAUCCCCGAGCCGUGUUGGUACGUGCCUGCGACUUGACCCUGUCAAACAUUGCCUUGUCCGCCAUGCUGGCUGGGCACGUCUCGGCAUUCUUUGUCAUAACAGCCGGACCCAUAACCAACGCGGCGUGCAUUGCACACAUCGUCCUUCCCGAGCCCAUCAAGAUACUGGUCACAGCCAGUGUCCUUGUCAAGACCAACCGCAUAAACACCAUCUUCAAAUCCAUGACGGUGCUGAGCAAGGGCAAGCUGCUCACCAAGCUGCUGGUCGGUACACCCACGCAGAUUGUGUUCAUCGGGUUCCUGGUGCUGCUAGAUAUCCUUCUGGUCUGCAUCUAUGUGACCUCAAUACCGGAGUAUGUUGAGACACACUAUGAGCUGGAUAGGAUUGUUCAGAUCUGCGCAGUGAAUAAUGUGUGGUCCGGUGUACUCAGUGCCUACCUCUUCACCCUGCUCUUGGCCUGUAUCACACUGGCGUUUCUCACACGCAAUCUGCCGGAUAACUACAACCAGUCACAUCUACUCUACAUCGCCUCACUGACGGCAUCAGUGGUUUGGCUUGGUCUGGCACCGGCAUACUUCAUCACGGGCAAGCAGCUGCGGUCGUUUAUUGCCGCUCUGUUUCUUGAGGCUCUGCUCUGGGCCGUAUGGACUUGCCUGUAUCUGCCACGGCUGGUGUUAAUGAUCCGACAGCCACACCUACGUAAGCCCAAUGAGAAGCAAAUAUCCCGUAUUUCACUUCCGGCGCAGACGGAGGAAGUACCAAACUUAGCCAUUACAAAUUCAGUGACGGAUACAAGCAACCACUGCAUGUACUUGAGCGGUAUUGACGUCAAGAAGGACACCAUAUCUCAAGAUUCAUCUCAGUGUGAUGAGAAAGCUACGUUUGCGAGAACAUCACCACAAGGCUCCACCGACGCACUGUGUACUAGUGGACUGAAGUGAGUGACCUUAGGGGACAGAUCCCACCCAGUUUCACGCGUGUGUGUAUGUGUGUGUGUGUGUGUGUGUGUGUGUGUGUGUGUGUGUGUGUGUGUGUGUGUGUGUGUGUGUGUGUGUGUGUGUGUGUGUGUGUGUGUGUGUGUGUUCAUGAACAAUUCCGUUAUGACUGUCUUAUGACAUCCGAUUUUAUGAUUCUGAAAGAAAUUUCAAACUUCUGACGAGGAUAUUCACUGGCAGAGUUACCCAAGUAUUUUUUUUUUUUUAUAUAUUCUUCGGAAAACACUGAAUUGAGACAAAUGUAUAUGACGCCAUGCUAGACUAAUGACUAUGUGGAAGGUAAUACCGCAGUAAUGAGAGUUCACAUAAUAAUAGCAGCAAUUCAUCAUGUAUCGUGUUUCAAGACUGUGUUCGAAACUUCAUAGCAGUUUCUCCAACUGCAAGAAUCAUGCAAUAUUGUAGGGAGAGUCAAGUAUUAGUUCCCAGUAUUCCGAGCUAAUGUGUACAUUAAUGUGUUCUAGGAAUGGGUUUGCUCCCGCACUGGAGCUCGCACUAUUCCGCCGACUUGACUUGACACUUUACUCUGUUCUACAUUGCAUUGCUUUUAUACUACUUGUGGUAGUGCGUCACGGAUGCUCCCAGGAUGUGUACAUGUACACAGUACUGCUCAUUGAAAUCUGAUCGCAUGAAUCUGAGUUUAAUUUAAAACAAACUAAAGGCCAAAGGCCGAAAUCCCAUUUUA